CACACAUGUGCUUGGUUAAGGCUGUUUUUUAGAACUUUGGUUCGGGCAAUGCUGAUCUCCCAGCGAGUUUAAUAAUGGAAACAUUCACGCCUGAGAUAGUGUUACCGGGCCGUAGCUCUUCGCCCACCCCAGUUAUCCGCCCUGCAACGGAAUCUGGCAAGGAAGGGCUUGCAGUGUGUGCUCUGUGCCUGUCCAACCCCGGGAGGUAUACGUGCCCCCGGUGCAAUAGUCCUUACUGCAGCCUCGCUUGUUACAGGGGACCGAGGCACCAGACAUGUUCGGAAGAUUUCUACAAGGAGUCGGUGCUGCAGAUGCUGCGGGAGGAGCAGGCCGGGGCCGCAGGGAAGCGGCAGGUGGAGGAAAUGCUGGUGAAACUGAGAGAAAAGGCGAUAGCUGGAGACGAUGCUGUUGGCCUGGAUGGAAUAGACAGUUUGGGAGAAGAGGCGGCCAAUCUGUGGAACCGUCUCACCCCCAGUGAACAGAAGGACUUCAACAGGCUGUUACAGAGUGGCGACAUUGGAGCUUUAGUCCCAAAGUGGAACCCUUGGUGGGAGGUUGAGGAAAGAACUAAAACAAGCAAAUCUGUUUCUAUAACCGAACUUCCAGAUGUGUGUGUACCUAGGAAAGGAGUAGAAAGUCCCCUAAAACCAGGAAUCUGCCAGAAGAAGCCACAUGGGGACUCUGAUGAUGGAAACCAAGAGGACCCAGUCAAAGAGAACUGGGAUGCAGCAAGAGACCCCAAAUUCCCAACUGGUAUAACUAGGGGUUCAGAGGGAAAGGACAGUACAGAGCAGAACAGUGUUCCAGGGGGGGAUAAAGAAGAGCUCACAACAAAUCCUCAUUCCAAGCCACCAAGUCACCAAGCGAGGCGACUGAAAGAGAAUGGUCCUGGGAUUCAGGAAGGGAAUUCUGAACAAAGCAGAGCCUUAAUGGGAUACCCUGAAGCAAAUAGCCCCCAAAGACUUUCCAACAUACCCCCACCUCUGAAAUCUAUCCCACCUUUGUUUUCACUAAGUCAGAAUCCUUCUCCCCUAAUACAGUACAGUUUGGUGAAUGUCAUUUAUGGAUACACCUUCUCUCUUCUAAGGCACAAUGGGGAUAUUUGUGAGGAUGAUUUGCUGCUGGAUUUCAUUGAAACACUUUUGGGAGUCUCUAGUGCUCUUACUUCAAUAAUUGUGUAUCCCUCAACGGCACAUGCUUUACAGAGCGCUGUGCGUGCUGCCUCUGACCCACUGUAUGGAGGGUUAGAGGGAGGAGCAGUUGCUGCCAUUGAAGCUACAGCUCACAUCCUACUGGGUGAAGAAAGCAAAGGGUAUGCAAUGGCUGCCCUUGCCGACUUAAGUCGAGCACUAGGGAGAGCACGUAAGCUGAUUCUGGAAAAUGAUGAGCUAAGAAAGGUGACCUUUAAUGCCAAGAAGAAGUGUUUGUUCUUAGCAGCAUGGGUGAAUGAGAAUGAGGAGCGCUUGCCCACUUUGUACAAGGAAACUUUGACUGAACACAAACAGCAUCUCCAGUAUAUUAGUGGGGUGGUAGAGAUAUCACAAGGAUUGCAAAAGGCCUGGGGUGGAAAGAGACCUCCAGAAAAAAAGGCAUUAAUACAAGAAAUUGACAAAGAUAAAACAUGAUCUAUUGCAAUUUCCCUAAUAAAUAUUUUGAAAACUGA